AUGGCCAUACGAUUUCCAAGGAUAACCUUACUGCAACAGCAACCAUCAUCGCUUGGGCACGUGAACACAACAACAUCACGAGCGCAUAUGGUUGCAUUUUCAUCCUCUUUAAAAGGUCACAAGCUUAUAUCGAGACCCUUUGCCAGUCUCCUUUUAGAUCGCAGCCGCCGUUGCUGGGGCUCCUCGGCCACAAGCAUCACUGCCACUGGAGUGGUGGAUCAGCAAGACGGACGCCUACAGGCGCUCAUUUCCGCCGGAUUCAAGUCUGUAGAUGCAAAGUAUCUACUAAAUACCCUUGAGAGGCUUUCCGAGGCGAAAGCAAAAGAAAUCAGAGAGUCAUAUCUUACCAAAGAUGAAUACAACUCCAUUUUGAAGGCGUACAAUUCUGGAAUCGAUCGUUUCUUCAUCGAAAAUCAAUCUGUGCAAAAGAACAGCGACGAAUCGGUGCAGGAAGGCUAUUCCAAUCUUAUUCAGCGAUCCUCCGCCCUGAACUCUUCAAUAAUCGAAGAGAUCAAAAGCUAUGAAUCAGGCAUUCAACUGGACAUAAAUUUGGAAAAAAAGAAGCAGCAAGAAUUCGUUUCAAAGCUCAACGCUCAAGCUUCAAAUAUCGACAAAUACAUGACCACAUCCGUUGAGAAUGUGCGCCAAAAACUCACCGGGCUCGAGCAGAGUGGAAAGUAUGCCGUUUUUGGUAAGUGA